AUGGACACCCUUAAUACUGCGUGGCUUGAAGCUACGCCUCCAGGCUGGCAGAAGCUGGUAUAUGUAGUUGACGACCCUAGCGCUGCCCUCAAACCGCCAUCCAACAAAGGCCGCGAAAGCUCAGUGUACUUGACCUACAUAAUCGACAACUACGAAAAACUAACCGGCACCAUCAUCUUCUCCCACGCGAGCCGAUAUCAAUGGCACAACGACGACCCCCUCUACGACGGUCUACAAGUCCUUCGGCAUCUUCAACUCCCAUACAUCCAAACUCAAGGCUACGUCAGCCUUCGCUGCGUCUGGACAAUAGGCUGUCCCGCCGAAAUCCAUCCUGUGACCGAAGCACUAGCCCCGCCACCAGCUUCCAAUGCCUCAUCCCAGGAAGCACGAGCAGGCUCUUUCUACAAAGAAGUCUUCCAAGAACUCUUCCCCGGCGACCAAGUCCCAGAAGUCGUAGCUGCUCCCUGUUGUGCACAAUUUGCCGUCACAGCCGAGAGAAUUCGAACGAGGCCGAAGUCCGAUUAUGAACGUUAUCGAGGCUGGUUAGAGAAGACUCCUCUUCGAGAUAGCAUUAGUGGGAGGAUAAUGGAGUACUCGUGGCACAUCAUUUUUGGCAAAGAUCCAGUUUCUUGUCCGAAUGCGAAGCAGUGCUAUUGCAAUCUAUAUGGAAUCUGUGAUUUGAAUUGUGAGGAGGAGGGGGUGUGUAGCGCGAUGUACACUUUGGCUAAGUACUCUGUCCUUCCUGAAGGUUGGCCUGACGUUGAUUGGGAUGGGAAAUGGCGAAAUGUUACUGAGAUUCGUGGCAGUUUACCAUACGUAUACGGUUCGUAG